AGGACUGAACUUGGGAGAGCUGUGCAUAACCGGGACACUGCAGUACGAGACAACACUUGUUUGAGCGUUUGGCCUAGACUACUUUCUCGAUUAGUGUACCGGUACUUGGUUACGUCCUUGGAUCGUUAAAAGAGGCCUCUCUACCAAUGCUUCAAGUUCUCUCUGAUCUUUGUCGUCAUCCAUACCCACCAAGAACACGAGGUUUCCAAUCUACGUAUUGCAAGGGAGAUCCGAAGAGCUGAGCGAACCAGCAAUCACGGCAUUUCGGGAAAGAGCUGAACCUCAGCUCUCACAACGAUGGUGCCUCAGAAAUUUGCCAGUGUGCGCCACAAGGCGAAGCCAGCAGCAGCACGUCUAACUCCUUUCCGAGACGACACCGGCCUGGUUGCACUACGGUACGAACAGACCAAACAGGCAGAGCCGCCCAUUCCCUUGCCUCCGCCGCGAAACCCGCGCCGCCUCAACCGCCCCCCAUCGACAUUCACAACUUCAACUGCUCCGACUUCUCCGACUUCUCCCAUCAUCGUCGCCCCUCCACAAGUGCCUCCGCCCCAGGAAGAGCACCCCCUUUUCCGGGCCCAGAGGCAACCACGGCGGUCGCACACCGAGGAAUGGAAGAGAGACUCGGGGGCCCCGACAUCGUCAUCGGUCACGCUUCGGGAAGAAGGCGGUGCGGACUCAGUGUAUCAAAAGCUUUUAAUAAGCGACAUUGACGACACGCAACCAGUGUAUCCCAGUGACGAGCAGAUCCCCAAGCCGGCCCCGUCAAGCAACGAUCGCGUCGCACCGCCCCCGCUAACGGUUUCAAUCCCGCCUCGCACCAGAAGCCCGGAAACCACGGUCGACUCACCAACACCGUCGGAGGCCCAGUCGCCCACACGCCAUUUUUCGCUCGUUAGGAAACUCAGCAAGACUUUCGGCAUGGCGCCUGAGGGAUCGAAACGGUUGCGGAAAAAGAUGUUUGAUUCCGACAGGGCUGCAUCCCACGGCGAGACGGCGCCCGUGCGGGGCUCGGCCAAGCCGCCAAAAUCGCCUAAAUCGCCGAAAUCUCCCCAAUCUGAACCCCCCAAGGGCCCCCUGCUGCCGCCAGGGCCCGGUCGCUUUAGCGCGGACAGGGAGCAGGACCUCGAACGCCCCUUAUUAACAUUAACAUUAUCCUCUGCCACAGCAACCGACAACUCCUUUGCGCCGAUCACCACCCCGAUCCCCAGUGACAGUCUAUGGGACGACUUGGGCACUGUCUCGUUCUCCAACAGGGGGAGCAUCAUGGUCGGCAGCAAGAGCAACCCCUUUAAGUCGCUGAUGAUGUCUGCCCCCGAAGCGAAAGCGAACGCAUCGUUAUUCCGCGAAGAGCAGCAGCGCACGAGCGCAUCCGCAUCCCAACCCCAGCCUCGGCCAACCGCGACGGGGCCAGGCACUGGCAAUGGCGACGAAAGGGUCGCGACGACAGAGCAACCCCAGGCGGCGAUCCAAGCGGACCCGCCGCCGCCAGUCCCCAGCAUUCGCGUCUCGUCGAUGGAUGUAGAGAGGGAAUCACAAAAGGUGAGAUCGCUCUAUGAAUCCGGCGACGACCUGAAUUGGGAAGAUGGGGGGCGCGUCUCGUUCGCCGAACGCCUAGAGCCCACAGCGGAGGUCCCAUCGGAAGAGGAAGAGAACGUCGUACCGUCUCGUCCCUCCGAUGCUCCUUCAGCUUCGGCAGGUCCGGCACAAAGCGACCCGCCCAAUCCUACGCGCACUACAAUUUCACCGCGUUCGGCCAAUUCCUUGUCUCCGCUACGAGAUAGCCAGGCUAGGAGGGAGUACGAGCGCGCCGGAGGCAUCGAGGAUUGGCAAGAUCUCGACGGCGUCGAGAUCGACCGUUAUGGCUUCAUCAGCCCCAAGCGGCCCGUGUCCCGCGCGGAGACGGCCCAUGCAAAGCCAUCGCCUUUCUCGUCUAGGAGGAGAAAUGUCUUGACGAAGCGCCCUUCCACCUCCUACUCAGUAUCACUACCAGGACCAGGCGGUCUCAUCCGCCCGCCAAGCCGCAAGGUCUCGGCACGGUCACUUAACACGUACACAUCCGAGCUAUCGACUACCUCGCGACAGUCCACACGGUCCUCUAUCCGCUCCGCCACAAACCGCCUGACGCACAGCCGCGACCGCAGAUGGAUGGACGAGGCUGGUGAGAUGCUUUCCUUACAAGCAGGUCUGACCGGCAUCACAGACGAUGAGAAGAUGGGCAAAAUUCUCGAGGCCCAGAAGCGCAAGGAGGCAGAACGAUCCGAGAAGUGGAGGAAGAUGGCUACUGCCGUCAAGAUCGGCAAGGAUGGCCAAACCCAAAACCAACGCCCGGUGCACCAAGCCCAAGGCCAAGGAAUGGACUACGAGUUCGACACCAAAAAUUCCAAACUCAUCGAGCGUACCUGGAAGGGAAUUCCCGACUGCUGGCGCUCGGCAGCGUGGUACUCCUUCCUGGCGACGAGCGCCAAAGCGUGGGAGAACGCCGAAACCGAGGACUACCUCAUCGCCGAGUUCAAACGCCUCCAAGGUGUCUCAUCUCCGGACGACGUUCAGAUCGACCUAGACGUGCCGCGGACCGUGAACGGGCACAUCAUGUUCCGCAGGCGCUAUCGCGGCGGGCAGCGCCUGCUUUUUCGGGUCCUGCACGCCAUAUCGCUGUACUUCCCCGAGACGGGCUACGUGCAGGGCAUGGCGUCGCCGGCGGCCACGCUGCUGUGCUAUUUUGACGAGGAGAGGACGUUUGUGAUGCUGGUGAGGCUAUGGAGAUAUCGGGGCUUGGAGAGGUUGUACAAGCCUGGCUUUGCCGGGCUGAUGGCUGCGCUGGAGGACUUCGAGAAGAGGUGGUUGGCGGGGGCCGGGAAGGAUGUCGCUGCCAAGCUUAACGAACUGUCCAUCGACGCGACGGCCUACGGAACCCGCUGGUACCUCACCCUCUUCAACCUCUCCAUCCCCUUCCCCGCCCAGCUGCGCGUGUGGGACGUCUUCAUGCUCCUGGGCGACUGUCCCCCGGAGAAUGACGACAACAGCAACAACAACAACAACAACAACCAACCAGAUGGCAUCUUGCCACCAUCACCGCGACCGAAAGGCCUCGAUAUCCUUCACGCCACCAGCGCCGCGUUGAUCCAUGCGCUGCGAGACGUGCUGCUUGACUCUGACUUCGAGAACGCCAUGAAGGCUCUGACGGCGUGGAUCCCGGUCAAGGACGAGGAUUUGCUGAUGAAAGUUGCGCAUGCCGAGUGGAGACGGCAUCAGGGAAGAGCGAAGCUGUGGGAUAGGGAGAGCAAGGACAGAGAGAAGGAUAAUAAGGGCAAAGGGAAAUCCGGGAAGGAGAAGGAAAAGGAAAAGGAAAAGGACAAAAGAGAAGGGAGGGAUAAGGAAAAGGGGAAGGAAAAGGCGAGGGCGUAAGGGAGGGUCAUAUUCAGGGAACGGGUGGUGGCUCGGCUUUUGAGUUGACCUGGCGCAGGGACGUGGGUCGUUCCGACCGGCGACAUUCGUUUUACAUCCUUUUUCUUUGUCACUCCGUCCUGACUGACAUUUCGGCCUUUGCUGGGGAGGCCUAUGGUUUGGUUGUUUUUCCUGGCAGAAGUUUGAUACCCCCUUAUACCCGUUUCUUUCAGGUACUAGUAGUACUGAGAGUACUAAUUAGUCGAAAUGCCAGUAGUCGCGUGGGUUAGGCGAGAUAGCUUGGUUUAGUAAUUACCCUCACUUUAGUUCCUUUGCCAUGGAGGUGCGUAGUUAUUUCGAAAAUACCUAAUGUACUUGAUUACGAC